AUGUGUCUCACUCCGCUCUCAUCUGGCUCGGUACAGCCGAGCGAAGCUGUUGCAACCGAAGCGGGCCCCGUCCUCAGCGCGCAGCCCAACUUGCAGCCGCGCGUUUCGAGUGCUGGCUCAGCUGCUGUAGGCACGGAUGUUUGGUUGUCACGCAUCGCUCGUUGGGGUCUGGGUCGAUUGCGCGCCCACUCGGCCCUCGCCCGACCUGCAUCCUCGAGCUUGGACCCAUCGCCCUCGCUGCUCGCCGCUUUGAUCGCCUCGCCCAUCCUUGCCAUCUGCCACCCUUCUCGUCGUCGCUGCACCCGCAAGCGCACCCGCAACCGCAACCGCAGUCACAAUCACUUCAGAAACCACCCCCAGCAUCGAUCGUCUCCCACUACUAUCAUCCUUCGGACACGCAAAUAG